UCAUAUUUAACUGUGUGUUUUUUCCCCUAAUAAAAUGUAUUGAUAUGUAAAUCAUUCUAAUUAUUAUCGUGAAUAUGCAAAUUGAGGCGCCGUGACGUCACUGGGCGACUUGUAGGGAGUUUUGGAGAGAGGAGCAUGCGCGCGCUACUUUCCGCUGGUCGGGUCGGGAGUUGGCACGAGCGCAGCGGAUCAGCGCGCCGGAAACGGACACGUUUAUCCUCACCACCUCUCACGUGCGGGAUUAAUGCGGGAUUAAUGCGUUUUUCUUCUGAAGCCUGAGUCACUCGGAACAUCAGAGUUUACCGUCUGGACCGGAUUAACCGGAGCGCACGCGGACAUCAUCCUCAUCCUCCUCAUCCUCAUCAUCCUCAUCCUCAGGGACUUCUGUAAGGAGUGAAACAGUGCAUACAUCCACAGCGCGGAGUUUGCUCUGAACUCUGAAGCUGAUUUUAUAAUAAUCCGAAUUUUCCGUUAAAGAUCAAGGUGUGGCGGAAAACAGGAGCGCGAGCUACAGUGUGAGGUGACGUGGGGGACACGCCCACAGCCGCCGUUUAUAACGUCUUUCCAAACUCAAGUGAUGAAACUUUCCUGGUUUACUGUUGUAUUGUUCUUCAGAAGGAUCGUUUUCGAGGGAUUUCACUCACAAGCUUUUUCACUCUUCUAACCCAGAAGAGCAACGUGGCCACAGAAAGCAUUUGGUGUGAUAAAUAUGAAGCGUGAACGUUUUAAACCUCCGGAGCCGGAUGAUCCAUUUUGCUGCUGUGACUGUGAGGAAGUGGACGAUGUGUGUGAAAGACUUCUCUGUACGGAUUGGGAGAAGCCGUCUCCUCUCUCUCGCUUCCUUCCUGUCCAUGUGGACCUCUCCGUUCUUCCUCCAAUGGUUCUACUUCCUGUUUUGCUGCGUGUGGCGGCGCUGCACUGCAUGCUGGGAGUCGUGGUCCUGACGGCACUUCCUGUCCUGGUACUUUGGUAUUACUACGUCACCCACCGCAAAAAGAGACGCACGCUUUUCUUCCUCACGCUCGCCCUCUUCUCCCUCGCCUACAUGUACUUCCUGUUCAUCACCGAGAUCCUGCCCCGGGGGAAUGUGGAUAAUCGGCAGGUGGUUACCGUGACGACGGGCCUGAUAAUGACGCUCGUGUCUCUCGCACGCACAAAACGUGGUCCCGGAUUCGUCCGAGCUGAUCCCACCUGUCCCAUCUCACAUAGAGGCCCCGCCUACUGUAAUGGAGUCAGCCAAUCAGAGAGUCCAGGUGGUAAGAAGUGGUGUCCUGUAUGCCGAUUGGUGCGUCCAGAGAGGGCGGGGCACUGCAGGAUCUGUGGAGAGUGUGUGUUACGCCUGGACCAUCACUGUGUCUGGAUUAACUGCUGUAUAGGACAGGCCAAUCAUAAGCACUUCCUGUUGACUCUCCUCCUCUUCCUGAUGACAUCACUGUACGGGAUCAGCAUGGUGCUGAGGAGUGUGUGUCCACGCCAGAGUGUGUUCAUCGCGCCACUUUACUGCCCAGGAGUGUACAACCAGUACAGCACGGCGCUGUGUUUCACCUGUGUGUGGUACAGCUGUAUAGUCACAGGUGCGCUGUGUUACCUUCUUGUCCUGCAGCUGGUUAACGUGAGCUGUAACGUGACGGAGCGUGAAGUCCACAUCGCUUUACGCAACCGAACCGCUCGCUCUCGCUUCUGUGGCGUCGUCGUGGAAACGGGCACGUACACGCACGGCUUCGUGCACAACUGGAUCGAGUUCCUCACCAUGAACACACACCACGGAGCCUCACACACUCACACACACACCGUAUGACCCACAACUCACAUGUGCCGUUUAUACUUAUGUACACUUUCAUACAGGAAGCUCUGUCCAACUGCAGCAGUGCAUUCUGGGUAAACUGUGCUGCUGAAACCUGCAGUGAUGUCACUCGAGUGUUUAAAUAUGGCUCAGGAUAAAAUGUGGAUAUUUAUAAACAUGGAUGACAUUUUAGGAUAUUAGCACACACACACACACACACACACACACACACACACACUAAUGGUCUUAUUAUGCACUCAGGUGAAUUUUUACUCUUAAACUUUACAAACUCAAACUUUUUCUUCCCAAAUCUGGAUAAGACCAAAGACAAAAACAACAGGAAUGAUCAGAUGUAAAAUUGUUUUUAAUAUCUAUCAAAAGCCAUAUUUGAAUUCUAGUAUAAAGCAAUAUAACCACAAUGCAAUAUUACACCCGUAUCCUACAUGUAACAUUUAUACAAAACUAUUUUUAUUUUCAUCUCGCGUUAUAUUCUCCUGCUGCGUUCUAACGUCAUACACAGCGCUAAAGUUCGGCUGAAAUCUCCGUCUGUCUCUGUUUAGUUUUCUUUACUGUUAGUUCUCAUCAUUACGUAUAUAAACAUGCAUUCUUCUGUUUAUUCUGCUUUCACUUCAUCUUCCUUCAUUUACCUUUUUUUAUUAUUAUUAUUAUUAUUAUUAUUAUCUGCUUUUAAUGAUCUGUGAUAUAUCUGUACCCUGAAAGGCACUUAUAAAAAAAAAUACUAUUAUUAUUAUUAUUAUUAUUAUUAAAAUGUUGCAGAUGAAGAUAUGCA